AUGAAGGGACCUAAAUAUGUGGAAAGCAACUUCUAGUUGUUGUUAGCAAGACGGGUAGAAUACAAUAAACAUAUCAAUUAAAUUAAGAAUGCAAAAUGUAAUCCAAUGUUGGAGAAAAGAUCUUUAUCAUAGUAAUAGUCCUUUUUUAGAUAGCUGGAGUAAAAUUGGAAAUAGGCGAAUUUAAAAAGAGAACAAAUGAAAUAUGAGGAGAUAGUCAAGUUAAAUACGAAGAUGUUGAUGAAGGUGGCAAAUGCAAAGGAAGAUCAAUUUUUAUCACAAAAUCCUUAAAAAGGUCGGAUUGACUCUGCCAGAUCAAGCAAAUCUCUACAUAGUGUGAUAAAGAAAACAAAGGAGCGAGAGUUAUUUCAAGAGAACAAAAGAUUAAAGGAUAAAAUCGAGAAUGUGCAAUCUUCAAUCGCAUACAAUAAAAUAAUUGAGAAUUUCAACAAACACCAGGGUGAGAGGGAUCGAUUGACAAGAAACUCCUAUCAAAAAUAGAAAAAGAUAAAGGAGAUGUUGGAUAGCCUGACAUCUUAGUCCAAAACGUCUCUCCACUCUAAAAAUAACAAUUCCAAUUAAGUGCCCAAAUUGAGGUUGCCAAGAAUCAAUCAGUAGGGAUAGAGUGUGAAAUCGAUACAAUAAUUAAACAAAUUGAGAGUUGAUGGUUUCUACACUGCCAGAUGAAUAUGUUGUUUUGAUAUAUAAACUUUGUUUUAUUUGUAAUAUUGCAAUAAUGCGCUGA